GGUGUGGCCAGGACCACAGUUCGGGUCCUGGCGGUGGCGGUGCCCGGAGCCGGGAGCGCUGAGUCUUUCCCAGCGCGGCGACCAGGCUAUGAUCGUGGGUCCCCGGCGCCUCGCUCCGGCCAUCCCCAGUCCCUGUGUCAGCCCGAGCCCGAGCGGUGUCCUCAGCCCGGCCCCGCGGCGCGCCCCCUCCGAUGGCGGCGGAGAUCCAGCCCAAACCUCUGACCCGCAAACCGAUCCUGCUGCAGCGGGUCGAGGGGUCCCAGGAGGUGGUGAAUAUGGCCGUGAUCGUGCCCAAGGAGGAGGGCGUCAUCAGCGUCUCGGAGGACAGGACCGUUCGAGUAUGGUUAAAGAGAGACAGCGGACAGUACUGGCCAAGCAUAUGCCACAUGAUGCCUUCUCCAUGUUCAUGCAUGUCUUUUAAUCCGGAAACAAGAAGACUGUCCGUAGGUCUAGACAAUGGUACAAUCUCAGAGUUUAUUUUAUCAGAAGAUUAUAACAAGAUGACUCCUGUGAAAAACUAUCAAGCGCAUCAGAGCAGAGUGACCAUGCUCCUGUUCGUGCUGGAACUGGAGUGGGUGCUGAGCACCGGACACGACAAGCAGUUUGUGUGGCACUGUUCUGAGAGCGGACGACGCCUGGGAGGCCGCCGCACCGGCGCCGUGGCCUCGGGCCUGCAAUUUGAUGUUGAAACCCGGCAUGUGUUUAUUGGUGACCAUUCAGGCCAAGUAACCAUCCUCAAACUGGAGCAAGAAAACUGCACCCUGGUGACAACAUUCAGAGGACACACAGGUGGGGUGACCGCUCUCUGCUGGGACCCCGGCCGGCAGGUGUUGUUCUCCGGCAGCUCCGAUCACUCUGUCAUCAUGUGGGACAUCGGUGGGAGAAGAGGAACGGCCAUCGAACUCCAAGGACACAAUGACAGAGUCCAGGCCCUCUCCUACGUGCAGCACACGAGGCAGCUAAUCUCCUGUGGCGGCGACGGUGAGAUCGUCGUCUGGAACAUGGACGUGGAGAGGCAGGAGACCCCUGAGUGGCUAGACAGCGACUCCUGCCAGAAGUGUGAGCAGCCUUUCUUCUGGAACUUCAAGCAGAUGUGGGACAGUAAGAAGAUUGGCCUCAGGCAGCACCACUGCCGCAAGUGCGGGAAGGCCGUGUGUGGCAAGUGCAGCGCCCGGCGCUCCUCCAUCCCACGCAUGGGCUUCGAGUUUGCCGUGCGGGUGUGUGACAGCUGCCACGAGGCCAUCACGGAGGAAGAACGCGCACCCACGGCCACCUUCCACGACAGCAAACACAACAUUGUGCACGUGCAUUUUGAUGCCACCAGGGGAUGGCUGCUGACGUCUGGGACUGACAAGGUCAUUAAGCUGUGGGAUAUGACCCCAGUGGUGUCUUGAUGACACGUCAGGCAUCAUCAGAAAGACAGUAUUUACUCAAGAAACGGUGUCCUGUCCCGAAUCCUCGCCAGCGCCGUAACGCAGACGUGGGGCAGAGGAGCGGCGGAGCGCAGCUGACCGGCGGGCAGGCGAGCGCGGCCAGGGCCCUGCCACCCACCCGCCUGCACCAUCCCAGGGUCCUCCCGACGUGCACGUCCUGGCCAUGCGCCCCGGGUCGGAUGCCCGCCUGCCCCGCGUACCCACGUGCACUGUGCGCAAAGCCCCUGCCCCCAAGGAUGCCCUUCCCGCGGAGGGAUGCGGGGUCACCCGAGGGCCGCGGCCGUCGUGCCUGUGUCGCCUGCACCCUUCCCGGACAGAUGCCCACGGGCGCCCCAGAUGCAGUGAGGCGGGGGCUCCCCACAUCGUCGCUAUGAAAGCGGAUGAUCUGACCCCGAGCUUCGCCCCUCGGGGCCCACCGAGCCCUCACGUCUGCGUCCGUCGACACAGAUCUCCCGCUCACAACACCGACAGCAAACGAGCCGGCCGCAUGUCCUCCACAAGGUGCCCGCGGUGCCCACUCCACACGACGCCACCUCUCCCCGGGCCACGCUCCCCCCGAGGGCCCAUGCGGUACCCAGCUCCUCGCCAUCUGUGUUUCCUUGCCCUCUAGAAACUUGAUAUUGGAAGGUUUUUAUCUUACAUGUGUUUGAUCAGAACGCUGCACACUUUCAUAUGAAAACCGUGUCAUCUAGACAUUAAAAGGCACUGAACCCCACA